AUGACCGACAGAGUCCAAGGUCGGCAGAGGCCCUCAUGGUCUUCAUCUGAGGGCGCUCCGAUACAAAAGACCAUAUCUCACCAAUCUACUGUUGAAGAUUGCGAAGAAAGCGCUAGCCGGUCACCGAGUGAGGGUGAAACUCAACACCUAACGCCGACAAGCUCGUCAUCCAAAACAGAAUACACUCCCCCCAGUGUCCAACGUACUGUCAGCGGAUCUGUUACGCAGCUUACAUCCAGUGACGAUAAGGCCGCCUCUAGAUCUGCCGGUAACAAAAACAAAGCGAUUAGGGAAAACAGAAACCCUAAGAGUAGAGGAACACGCCGGCCUGCUAAUAUGUCUUUCUCCGGGUCCGACCCGAACUCUGUGGCCCACGAAGCGUUCCAGUCAUCCCCAGAAUCAGGCUAUUUUAAAAGCCCCAUCAUUGGUCGUCAGGCACCGGCAGCUGGAUAUGCCCCUUCGGCUGUUGCUGUCGCCAAUUAUCCUCAGUCUCCCGUCGGUCCUGUAGCUUACCCAGGCUGGGGACCAGCACAUACUCCUGCCGGUUAUCCCCCGCACCAAGAACCCUUCACACCACAGCAGCCUGGUUUGCCGCCUGUUGAUCGUCACUAUCCUCCUAGACCUGUCUUCCAGAGCCAGAGAUCGACGGCCUUGGAGCCUGCCUACCAUAAUCAACCACUUCCAUACGAUACCGCAUACUCAGAAACACAAGAAGACAUGGCUGCAGAGGACGAAGAUCUGCCACUUGAAGCUCUCAAUGGUUACGCGGCGAUAGCGGCUAGGAUAUCAGGGCAAUGCGACCCCCGACUAAGACCGUUGUAUAGAAGAUUCGAUUGGCUCAAUCAUCGUACCCUCCUCUACUUUCAAGACCAACUUGUGAUGUAUGAGGAAGAACUGAUACGAUUGGACUCGAUUACAACUGUGAAUGGCGGACCCAAGCCCGUGUCGGUACGAGAAGAGCGAGCUUCCAACUAUGAAGUUUACCGGAGCAGACAUCGACUAAUAGAUAAGAUUGAGAGUAUCCUACGCCGGUAUAGACACUUGGUUGCUUCCCUUGAAGAUAUGCAGAAGCUACCGACACCAACAAGCAACGAUGUGCAAGCCUACAGAAAGUUCCUUGAAAAUCGAAAAAUUCUAGUCGACAACGAGUCUGAGUUUAUCUACGCAUCAGAUCUUGUUGCUUUGACUCAAAAGACGAGAACCGCGCAUGGAGGUGAUCAUCAAGCACCUGCUCCAAUCGUGCCUCUUCGGACACUGAUCAGCGCAUUCUCUAUGAGUGGUCUUUGCUUGGCGGUGUUACUGAUGAUUCUUCCUGACCUUAUAACUCGCCUAGUUAUGCUGGUUUGCUAUCUUGUUCUCAUAGCAACUGUGCUAUCUACGACUGGACAUCUACGCCGGCUGAGACAAAUGUUCGAGGGAUGA